AUGGCUUUAGAUCCGGAAACCUUUAAAUUUGAAACGCCUCAAUUUGAUGCCAGAUUUCCAUAUCAAAAUCAAACCAAACAUUGUGCGCAAGCAUACAUUGAUUAUCAUAAGUGUGUAACUGUAAAAGGUGAAGAUUUCGAACCAUGCAAGAUCUUCUGGAAGACCUUCACCUCGUUAUGCCCUUCAGACUGGGUUGAAAAGUGGGAUGACCAAAGGUCCUCUGGUAAAUUUCCAGUCAAGAUGGAUUAA